CAUCCUCUCAUCUCUUCAAGCACCAUUUCACUUCCUUAUCACAAACCCAAGCUUCAGAAGUGACAGCAAACAUGGUCUCUUUCCGUAACCUCAUCGUCUCGGCUCUGGCUCUUGCCGCUCCCAUUGCUGCUCAAGCGUCUCCUGCUGAUGUCGUCAAGAACAUACAGGCCAUCACGCAGAAGAGUCAGGCUCUUCAGGCGCCUGCGCAGAGCAUCAAUCUUAUCAACGGUCCUUUGAUCCUCAUUGGUCAGGGCCCAUUCCCCCAGAUUAUUGUAGGAUUCACCGACAUCGUCUCUUCCGCCACCACGUACAUUACCCAGAUGCAAGGCAUGGCACCCGUCCCCGCCGGCGCUCCCGCCGACGCCAUAUUCGAUGCGUUCCGCGAGUUCGUGCGCGUCCACCAAGCCCUCCUGAACAUCCUGAUCGGCAAGGCUGGGCUUUUCGAGACCGUCCCGUUCAUCGGCCAGCCCAUCGCUUCUGUGCUUCGUCAGAUUGAGAAUGUCGUUGAUACCAUCGCCUUUGCGCUCAUUGACACCGUCGAGUCCAGGGCGAAGGACCUCCAGGGCCAGGCAAGCGCGCUCGGCAACACCCUGGAUCUUGCUGUCAAUAGGUACCAGGGCAUCGCCAACGUGAAGCGUUCCCUCAGGUUCGCACCUCGCGAAAUUGCUGCUGAGGCUUAGAGGGCGAUGUAGAUGACGAUCUAGGGGAGGGGCUUCAGCAGUGAAGGGGUAUGAGAAGUAUACCAGGGGUAAUGUGAUUCGAAGAUGUCGGAGGAGGUAAUAGUAUAGUGUUGAAGUAGCUCGAUACAAUUGCAGCUAUUUCUUAGAAAGAUGCAUCCAGCACUUUCAAUCAACCCUUC